AUGGCUACACCCCAUCCUCCUCCUCCCCCAUUACCGCCUCAUCCAUCGUCCACGUCUCCGUCCACCUCCCAAUGCACGACGAUCAACGACCCCAAGCGCGUCUUCCUGCGACGCGACAGUUCGUCGUACAAUAUCUUCCGUGCCUCGCACGGUCGUCCACUCGACGGCCUCCUGCUCUUCCCCGAGCAACCGCGUCAGAUCUUCGUGCUCUCCCUCGUCGUAGCCACGAUAUCGUACUACUCCUUCACCCACGACUCCCCCGACGUGGCGCAGAACGGACGCAACGCGCUGUACGCGGCCGUGCUCGUCUUCCUCGUCUACUGCUUCUUGCAGACGAAGGACGGACUGCUGACGCGGCCGCAUCCAGGCGUCUGGCGCGUCGUGCACGGCUGCUCGGUUGUGUACUUGCUCUUCCUGGCCGCGAUGCUCGUGCAGAACCGACAGAGUGCAGUGCACGCGAUGCAGCUGGUGUUUCCGGAAGUGGGGAGUCGACUCGAAAGGGGUGGAAACCAGCAGGGAACUGCAGGAGGAACUGCGGUGCUGCAGUGUGCAAUGAACUAUGAGGCUUUGAAACGAGGGGUGUCGAGCAUUUGGUUCUUUGCCCAUAUGACGGGCUGGUGGGGCAAAAUGUGCAUGUUUCGGGACUGGCGUUUCUGUUGGGUACUUAGUAUUGCGUUCGAGCUGCUGGAGCUGGCGCUGCAGUUUGUGAUUCCAGACUUUAAAGAAUGCUGGUGGGACUCGCUGUUGCUGGAUAUGCUUGGUGCGAAUUUGCUGGGCAUGUGUCUUGGCCGUGUGACGUUGUGGCUGCUGGAAUCGAAGGAGUACGAUUGGUCGGGCCGCCGAGGCAAGAAGCUGGGCUAUUUUCGCCUGGCACUGAAUCAGUUCACGCCGUUUCAAUGGGAGCAAUAUCACUGGGAAGUGUUUUCAAGUUUCAAGCGCUUUGCGGAGAUUGUCUUUGCAAUGAUGAUGUGUCUAGUCACAGAGCUCAAUGCGUUCUUUAUGCUGACAACGUUGAGCAUUCCGAAAGAGAGCAGCUUCAACUCGUACCGCCUCUUUCUCAUGUUUAUGAUUGGAAUUCCUGCAGCUUCUGAGUACUAUGAGUUCAUCACAAAUCCAAAAUGCUGGCGAUUAGGGCAGAACUCAUGGAUGGUUCUGUCAAUCGCUAUCUUCGAGGUUCUUGUGUGGAUCAAGUUCUCUGCUGACGGCGUGUUGUUCACCCAACCGCCACCAGACUUAGUGAUGUACCCAAUCCUGACGUUCGCAGUCAUGUUCUCGGUCUGGAUGGUGCUCUUCUUCCGAAAUAAGCCACCCCAGCCAGCCUCACGGCGUUCACGCAGACUUGUCACUGGUUGGGGGUACCUCGACGUGCUGUUCUGGGCCUCUUUCACGCCGCUGGUUUUUUUGGCGUCGCAGUGGGCAUUUUAA